GCCCUUACGGAUGCUAACACUCCAGAAAGUAUGGCAUCGGCCAUCGCGACGGCCAUCUGUGAUGAGCUUAGCACCUCAGCUUCCUCCGUUGCCGAUGUAUCGCUUGGCGUCAAUACCUUUCUGCUCUUGUUUGGAGGUGCUUUGGUCUUCUUGAUGCACGGUGGAUUUGCCAUGUUGGAAGCCGGAGCGAUUCGCUCGAAGAACGCUAUGAACAUUUUGCUCCAGACCAUCCUGGACGCUGCAGCGGCUGCGAUAAUGUGGUACUGUGUCGGGUUCGGGUUUGCAUAUGGCAUUGGAGAUAAGCCGAACAAGUUCAUUGGCAAUGCCAUGUUCGGUUUAGCCCGGUACAAGUCACACUAUACCGGCUCAGGGAUGGGCAUGUGGACCGACUUCUUUUUCCAAUGGGCUUUCUGCGCAACCGCCGCAACCAUUCCUGCUGGUUCCGUCGCCGAGCGCUUCAAUUUCAACGCGUACAUGGGCUACUCGAUCUUCAUCGCCGGCUUCGUGUACCCCGUUGUCGCGCAUUGGGCCUGGUGCGUGGAGGGCUGGCUGGGCUUCGGCGUCAAUACGCCGCUCUUCAAGGCUGGCUACAUCGACUUUGCAGGCUCGGGUGUCAUCCACAUGACUGGCGGCCUUGCGGGUCUGAUUGGCGCAACCAUGGUCGGACCGCGCCUGGGCCGCUUCGAUGCCGACGGCAACCCCGUGGAGAUGCCGGGUCACUCGGCCAUCCUGGUUGUGCUGGGCACCGUCUUGCUGUGGUUCGGCUGGUACGGCUUCAACCCGACGUCCAUGUUGAUGAUCACCUCGACCCCCGCGGCCACUGUGGUGGGCCGCGCGGCCGUCACCACCACGCUUUCCGGUGCUGCGGGCGGCAUUGCGUGUCUGCUCAACGGCUUCCGGCGCCACCGCGGCUGGGAUCUGGUGGGUCUGUGCAACGGUAUCCUGUGCGGCUUCGUGGCCAUCACCGCCUGCUGCCACGUGGUGGAGCCCUGGGCCGCUAUCCUUUGCGGCCUGGUGGCUGGCCUCUGGUUCGACUUCCUGUGCUGGGUGCUGCUCAAGCUUAAGAUCGACGAUCCCCUCAGCGCGGGUCCCAUGCACUUCGGCACCGGCAUGUGGGGCGUCUUCUUCACCGGCCUGCUGGCCAAGCAGGAGUACAUCAAGGAGGCGUAUACGUUCCGUUCUGAUGACGUAGAUGCGUACCAUUUAUACGGGGCCUUCUACCCCCACUCCAGCGGCAAGCUCCUGGCCAGCCAGGUCAUUGGUCUAUUGGCCAUCAUCGGCUGGGUGUGCGGCACCAUGAUUCCCUUCUUUUUCAUCUUCAAGCUCGCGGGUGCCCUGCGCAUCCCGCCCGAGAUGGAGGAGAUGGGUCUGGACCGUUCCAAGCACGGCGGCAGCGCAUACAACGGCACCGGCGUCUCCCCGAGUGCCCCCGGUAACGAUGUGAUGCGCAACCAGCCUUCCGCCAAGGUUCUGCCCCUGAACGGGUGAGGUACAUGGCCCGAGGACGGCUGCUGAGUUCCCUGUGACCUCCUAUGUUAUCCUCGAGGAUGAUGAUUCGAGCACAUUUGUUCAUCAACUUCAUGGCAGGAAAUAUUGUGUAUGUGUGUGUGUGUGCGUGUGCUUGACGUUGGGUUGGGUUGGGAGGCCGUUGCUGAGGUGUUGCAGCGGUUGGUUUUAUGCGGUUGGCGGUUGGUGCUCGUUGCUGUGAGCUCAGAACACAAGACACAACAACCGACUCGUUGCACGUUUUGUGGUUGAAAUAAAGUAGCUUCCGCUGCUUUGCUGCUAUUGCCGCUGCUGUUGCUGCUAUUGCUAUAUUGCUGGUACUGGUGCUGUCAUUCCCACUGCCGGUUGCGCGUCGCGUUGACGCUGUGGGCGCAGCGGUCAUAUUCCAUCACUAUAAUGGAAUGUGUCAGGUCGCGACCAGUGAAAAACAGAUCGUGAGUUCAGCUUGAUAUUUAUGUACGGUUUUGCAUCUUGACUUGACCAGACCGGUUCGUAAUAAUGGCUCCUUUCAGCGGCAGGAAUAUGACAUCACUAGCCCCCCUCCCGAUUCAUGGCAUGAUUCCGCUGCUAAUGACCAGUCCGGUGGCAUUCGGUGGUAUCCAUAAUCCCCUACGUCACCCUGGCUGACCUGCAUUGGACGCUUGCGUGUAUGUGACUGCCUGACACGGACCCCAAUGCGAAGCCCCGGGACCCCGACGUGUUUUUCCUGCGGGAGACAUAACUGCAUCAUUGCAUGUUAGACCCUGAUGACGAAGUGUGGCCGCUCGGCAGUGUUAGUAGGCGGGGGGCAGUGAGGUGCGGCACCUAGGGCACCUUUCUCUCGCUGCCGCGGGCUGCCUCCCGUUGCAGGGUGGGGGAGGAAAUGGCGUUGGAGGAAGCACUAUGGCUUCUGGGUGUUGGGAUAAUGCCGGAUGCUGGCGUUGCUAGCGACCUCCACUUUCCCAACCACCUCCCCAGCCGUUGUGUGCUCUCUCGAGUCCUCAAUCUGUGCUGGAUUGAACUUUUGAAAAUGAAAUUGGAUGUAUGUUUUUCCACAUAUACACCCUACUAUAUGUGUGGCGAUUACUUAAUUGUAGGUUGUCCCUUAGCUUCAUAGUCUGGCCUGGGCUUAUCUCCUGCUUCCUGCUUCCUGCCUCCAUUUUCUGCGUUCUCCGCGGGCUCCAGUCCCUGUCCGGGAGGAUGGAGACCGCUACCCGCAUGACGCCGCCCACCCGGUCUGUGAUUACAGAAGAAGAUACUUAGAAAAUUGAGUGCAUCAGGAUGGCGCGAAUUGCCUCACAGUGUGUGCUCUUGAGCGGGGUGUGUGUAUGUGUGUGUAUUCCUGCUAAGGUUGAUGCUCAGGUAAAAACGCGCUCGGAAGAUAUGUUGCUGCUGCUGAUUGCUGAUGUGCUUUAGUGCUCGGGCCGAGUGUAAGCUUGCUGGGCGGUGGGCUGGGCUGAGCUGCUGUGGCGCGUGUGAAAUCUCGUAUGCCCGUGCGGUCGCCUGGACAGCGUUCCGUUGGGGGAUUGCCAUCUACGGCUGCGAUGGUGCUGUGUGCGCAAGGGGGCAGAUGUGCAAGAGGUUACGAAAGGAAAACUCAUCAGGGAAUUGAGAGGACCAUUGAAAAAGGGGCUGUGAUGGCAGCUUGCGUGUUGCAUAUUGGGACCACAAUGAAGCAUGUAAUGACUUGGGGCGUAAACCGCACCCGUACCGUUCUUCCGUGCAGAGCAAAAGAAUCACCCUGGGUGCGAGCAUUUUAAAGAUAAGUAUUACAAAUUGCCAUAAGCACCACAGGGAAGAUGACCAUACCUUAACUCUGGGGGCAAAUCUUCUUGUAGCUGACGGUCAGCACGGCCCUCUGGCCCUGAGUCGGCAGAUCCUCCAGAUCCGGUAGCGUACGUACGGAAUCGCGCUUAGUAAUUUGCCUCCGAGACGGUUCUGGUAAAUUGCCAAGCUUCAUAUGUAGUUUUAUCUCUUUAGUCUGGUAAAAGAUAAUUGGUAAUAGUCUAUUAUUCCUUAGCAGUUGUCACCUUUCCUGAAUUUAAAAUCACGAAAGGACAACCUGCAAUACGAACAGCAACAAUCAGACCUACUGCAGGUCGUUAUUUCUAUUGUUUUGGUAAUAACUCCGUAUU